CUCUCUGUACAUGUUUUGUUUGGGGGCUUCGUUCACGCGUUCCCUGCACUCUCACUCACACAUACAGAUGCUCCCUCUAUAAAAUCUCCAAGCUCACGUUUCUGUCGGCGGCGAAACCGCCGGCGAACCCUCCGGCGACGCGUCCCCGACUUACUCACUGGGGAACCCAAAAAAAAAAGAAAAAAAAAUCUUGAGCCUUGGCGCGUGAGACCUCGCCUCCUCAUUGCGGGUGCCAUAGUUUUCCGGCGAUCCGUCGGGGGUUGGAGAUUUCGUUCGCGUUCUGUUAAUGCGAGCGGGGAUCGGUGUGUGAGAUCCGGGAUGGAAUUGUUAGAUUUCGGGGCGGGGAUUGGGCUAUUUAUGGCAGUUUCUUCAUUCUUGGUACAGAUUGUGUGAUUUUGGCUUCGUCCGUCCGGUUCUAUUUAUAGCAGUUUUUGGUAUUGGAACUGGAAUUUGGAUCUUCAGUGAUUCCGAAAAAGGGGAAGGCCAAUUCGGAUUCCGCCUCAGGAAGAAAAUUCUGGAAUUCAUUAAUUCAGAAACUCAUUCCCCAGAUUUCAUCACGGGUUUCCAUUCAAUCUGGGGGCGGGGCCGUGCUUUAAUUGCCCACUGGUGAUCCUGCAUUGAUGCGGUAUGGAGCGGCAUUGAAUCAGCUCCAGGUUUCAAUGAGAUUCGAUUGAGAGUUUCGAUUUGUCGUGUCCCGGAAGGUCGGAGAAUCACCGGUGGGUGGGUGCGCGGAGAUGGUGAUUGUGUGAUAUGUGCAAAGUGGGUAGGGGUGAGAUUAAGUGUGAGGCUAAAAGGGGGAGCUUGGAAAUGGGGUUGAAGGUGUUGGGAGAGAGUAGAAUCGAGAAGCUCAGAAGUUCGAUGAUGGUGCCGGCUUCUCGGUCGAGGAUGAAGCUGUGGAUGAUCAGGGCCACCACCACCGUGCUCCUCUGGACGUGCGUCGUCCAACUGACGGCCUUGGGGGAGACUUGGGGCCCGAGGGUGUUGAAGGGUUGGCCAUCUUGUCUCACUCAGGAGGCGGCGGUCUUGGAUGAGAAGGUUUCCGAUGUUCCGGCCCGCGUCUUGCCGCCCAAAAGGGUUUACAGGAAUAAUGGUUACCUGAUGGUUUCAUGCAAUGGAGGACUUAAUCAAAUGAGAGCUGCGAUCUGCGAUAUGGUUGCAAUAGCCAGAUACUUGAAUGUCACACUCAUCGUCCCAGAGUUGGAUAAAACCUCCUUCUGGAAUGAUCCCAGGUUUGUUCACCAAGAAUCACCCCUUUUGGGAAUAACAUGCAUUUUCAUUGAGCAAUUUUUAUAUUUUGAUGCUGUUAUGUUAAACUGUGAAUAUUGCUUGGGCAGUGAGUUUCAAGACAUAUUUGAUGUGGAUCAUUUCAUUACCUCCUUGAGAGAUGAGGUCCGGAUAUUAAAGGAGUUGCCUCCUAGGCUUAAGAAGAGGGUGGAACUAGGGAUGACUUAUUCCAUGCCGCCAAUUAGUUGGUCAGACAUAUCCUACUAUCAUAAUCAGAUUCUUCCUCUGAUACAGAAGUACAAAGUUUUGCACUUGAAUAGAACGGAUGCCCGACUUGCAAAUAAUGGCCAACCACUGGACCUUCAGAAGCUGCGAUGCCGGGUUAAUUUCAGCGCCCUCAGGUUCACUUCCCAGAUAGAGGAGCUAGGUAGAAGGGUCAUUAAGCUUUUGAGGCAAAAUGGCCCUUUUCUAGUUCUACAUCUCCGAUAUGAAAUGGAUAUGCUCGCAUUUUCGGGAUGCACACAGGGUUGUAGCCCAGAAGAAGCAGAAGAACUGACGAGAAUGAGGUAUGCAUAUCCAUGGUGGAAGGAGAAGAUAAUAAAUUCAGACCUGAAAAGAAAAGAUGGACUGUGUCCUUUGACACCCGAAGAAACUGCUCUUACACUGAGGGCUCUCGGUAUUGACCAAAACAUUCAGAUCUACAUUGCGGCGGGUGAGAUAUAUGGUGGAGAAAGAAGAAUGGCAACUCUUGCAGAGUCUUACCCUAGACUGGUCAGGAAGGAGACCCUGUUGGAACCCCCGGAUCUGAGAUUUUUCCAGAAUCAUUCUUCUCAGAUGGCAGCUCUUGAUUACCUAGUCUCAUUGGAGAGUGAUAUUUUUGUUCCAACAUAUGAUGGAAACAUGGCGAAGGUCGUUGAAGGACAUCGCAGGUUUCUUGGAUUCAAGAAGACAAUCCUCUUAGACAGAAAGCUUUUGGUUGAGUUGAUAGACCAGUAUAAUUCCGGAUUACUCAGUUGGGAUCAGUUCUCCUCUGCAGUUAAGAUAUCCCACUCGAAUCGAAUGGGCAGCCAGUCGAAGAGAUUGGUUAUCCCCGACAGACCCAAGGAAGAGGAUUACUUCUAUGCCAACCCAUAUGAGUGCUUGCAGUCAUCAGAUGAUCAAUUACUAAGCAGUACAUGAUCUAAUGAGUUUGGUACUUUAUCGGGAGGACUACCACGAAUCGUUGUUCACGUGCUUCCGCAGCUCUUAUCUAUUCUUUGAUGUGUUCUCUGGCUACUUUUGUCACGUGCGGCGUGGAAGUUGCAGUUUUUGGGAGUGAUUGUAAAGAUGCUAGGACAAGGACUUCUGCACUUUCCGUCUUUCAGGAAACCGGAGCCUUUGGGUUGUUCUGCAGGAGAUGAGCUUAUGAGAUUCGUGUUCUAUAGAUAAUGCCUAAUAAUCAAAGGGAUGUAUAGAAGAAGCGCCCUGGGAUCAUGGUCGAGCAAGAUUCCGAUUGGACUUGCCUCGUUACAUCGUGAAGAAGAAGAAGACGCGGGAUUGUUAGUUUUUACAUGGGUUGGGUUUAUUAGAGGUAAUAUCCUUCCCCAACCUUUCAUUCUGUGUAAUUGCUAGCUCUCUCCUCGUUCUUCCGCUUUUUGGGGUUCCACUAGUCUUUUGUGAUAUAGCAUCUAUAAUUAAUCAAUACAUUAAAAGGGGGAAAAAAAGAAAAAAGUUUGAAUGUUCAGAGAU